UUAGGAAGCCAACUUAAAGGGCUUACCUCUGAAUAUCUUACCUCUCUCCCCCCUUUUCGGAUCUCCUUAUCUUUCUUUUUCACUUUUGAAAAAUACAAAACAACUCCUCAGCACUGAAUCUGGCCUGCCAUUGGCUGUAACCUGUAAAGAUGGGGCACCAUUCUUGCUGCAACAAGGAGAAGGUGAAGAGAGGGCUAUGGUCACCCGAGGAAGAUGAGAAACUUAUUAACUACGUUACAACUUAUGGCCAUGGUUGCUGGAGCUCUGUCCCUAGACUUGCUGGCCUUCAGAGAUGUGGAAAGAGCUGCAGAUUAAGAUGGAUAAAUUACCUUAGACCUGAUUUGAAACGUGGGAGUUUCUCUCCACAAGAAGCAGCUCUCAUCAUUGAACUCCAUGGUAUUCUGGGCAACAGAUGGGCACAGAUAGCGAAGCAUUUACCAGGGAGAACAGAUAACGAGGUGAAGAACUUUUGGAAUUCAAGUAUCAAGAAGAGGUUUAUCACUCAUGAUGUUGCACCUUUCGCCUCUUUGGUUGAUGUUCACAAUCCCAAACCCCCGGAGGAAGCACCUGAUUUUGUCUCUCUAAAUGUAAACCCUAAUUUGAUCCUUGGUGAACAGCGAGACCAGCUCUAUCUUUCCCCAUCAGCAUCAGUUCUACAAAGCUUUGUUCAUGAUGCAGAUUUCAAGCCAAUCCCAAGCAAUGACACCGCUGAUUUGAUUCACCAUCAUUUCCCUUUAACCCCAAUGCUCCCACCCCUUUCAAAUACAGCUUCCUUCGACCCUUCAUGGUCACUGCCCUUUGUUGCACCCCAACAUGAUCUGGGCGAUCAUCCCCAAAAUAAAAAAUAUCACGUCCCAAAUUUGAGCAAUGAAGUAGUUCAAGAUAUUGUCAGUGACAUGCUUGUAAACCAGAUCGCUGGCGUAAAUCCUUACGAGUUCGAUCCAUUAAUGGAAACCCAAACAGUACCCAAACUCUGUGAAAUCCUUAAAGGAAACCUCUGCAACAUGCCGCUAACAUCCGUUUCAUUAGAAAACAUCGACCCAUUAGUUUCCAGGCUCUCAUCGUGUUUUCCUAUAUCUGCUGGUUCAUCAUAUUCACAGGACAUGCACGUGGCAACAAACCAGAUGGAGAUCGUUGACACCAUCAUCACAUCAAUGCCGUUAUCAUCAUCUUCUUAAUCAUCAUCAUCUUUAUCAGCUUUUUCCAGUGGGCAAUAUAUCACAAACCCUACUCUUCCAUCAAGAAGUCGGGACCCUUAGGGAGGACGGAUUCACUAUUUUAUAAUAGAAAUGGCACUGGAUUUAGCUAGGUACUUUUUCUACCGUUUCACUCGAUUAAUACAACAGCAAUUAUUCUC